CGGAACAUUUCCGGCAGCUCUGCGGAAGGUACCAUCAGUCAGUCAGUACUCAUCAGUGCUGAGAAGAGCAGAAACUCCACACCCAAACACAGCAGAAAAGGCUAGAGAGAGAGAGAGAGAGAGAGAGAGAGAGAGAUCAGUUAUCAGAUCAACGCGGCCCACGGCUCUCUAAGUCGGAUCCGACUCCUCAAUCACCUCGUCGGCUCGUCUUUCUUGGUGAAAUCGAUUCGAAUUUCAGCGUUAAAGCCCCCGCAAAAUGCGCUUCAUCAGCUUCGAAUUGGUGCCAGAAUUUGUCCAGGAAGGCAGGUGCUUGGACGGGAGUGAAUGCCAAAUCGCGAAGAAUUCUAUGGAUAGAAAAUAAUAGCAUUUGUCAUACUUGUUCAACACAUAAAUGGCGUCUGCCAGGCUAGGACAUGGGGGAGUAGGCAGUUCCAGGAGUGUAAAUGGCUUCAAAGGAUCAUCUAGUUCAGUUGAUUGGCUGGGAAGAGAGAUGCUUGAAAUGAGAUUGAGGGACAAGGUGGACCAUGACGAUGACAGAGAUAGUGAACCAGAUAUAACUGAUGGUGUUGGUGCUGAAGCCGGUCAUGUGAUAAGGACUACCAUUGGUGGUCGCAAUGGUCAAUCUAAGCAGAAUGUGAGUUACAUCGCGGAACAUGUGGUUGGAACUGGUUCUUUUGGUGUUGUUUUCCAAGCAAAAUGCAGAGAGACAGGAGAGGUUGUUGCUAUUAAGAAGGUUCUCCAGGACAAGCGCUAUAAGAAUAGGGAGUUACAGAUUAUGCAAAUGCUGGACCAUCCAAAUAUUGUUGCUCUUAAGCAUUCUUUCUUUUCAACAACUGACAAAGAAGAGCUCUACCUUAAUCUCGUACUUGAAUUUGUUCCUGAAACUGUUAACCGUAUUGCAAGACAGUACAGCCGGAUAAACCAGCGGAUGCCCUUGAUAUAUGUCAAACUCUAUACCUAUCAGAUAUGCAGAGCUCUUGCUUAUAUCCAUAAUUGUAUUGGUAUUUGUCACCGUGACAUCAAGCCUCAGAAUUUGCUUGUGAAUCCACAUUCACAUCAGCUGAAACUCUGUGAUUUUGGGAGUGCAAAAGUUUUGGUGAAAGGAGAACCCAACGUUUCCUACAUUUGUUCAAGAUAUUACCGUGCACCAGAACUCAUAUUUGGUGCUACUGAAUAUACAACUGCCAUAGAUAUAUGGUCUACAGGUUGUGUGAUGGCUGAAUUACUUCUUGGGAAGCCUUUGUUUCCCGGAGAGAGUGGAGUUGAUCAGUUAGUUGAGAUAAUCAAGGUUUUGGGAACACCUACCAGGGAGGAGAUAAAAUGCAUGAACCCAAACUAUACCGAAUUUAAGUUCCCGCAGAUAAAGCCUCAUCCCUGGCACAAGGUAUUUCAAAAGCUUUUGCCUCCAGAAGCUGUGGACCUGGUGUGUAGGUUUUUCCAGUACUCCCCCAAUUUGCGAUGCACUGCUCUGGAAGCAUGUGUUCACCCUUUCUUUGACGAAUUGAGGCACCCCGACACUCGCCUUCCUAAUGGCCGCCCUCUUCCUCCACUCUUUAAUUUCAAGCCCCAAGAGCUUUCAGGUAUUCCACCUGAUAUUAUUCAGCGACUAAUACCCGAACAUGCACGAAACAAGAACUUGUUCAUGGCAUUGCACAAUUAGCAGCAGCAGCAGCUCUGUUGGGGUAUUUUGCGCGGCUUCCUCUGAAAUGUCUGUAAAAUUGGCUGCCCAAUGAUAUGUAUUUACUUAUUAUAUAUGUCAAUCUUUCAUUUCAUUUUCCGAGGAAAAGAUCUAUAUCUAUGGAUCUGCAAAAAGAGUCUUGUCUGUCUGUGUUUGUGUCUGAGACACAAUAUUUGCAAGAGAGACGCGAGGGUUUUGAGUUUGAAUUGGCCGUUUAAGUGAAGUGAAGUGAAGUGAAGUGAAGGGCGAAGGUGGUGUUUUAUUUUCACACAUAAUUUUGAUCAUCUUGUUGGGACACUGUAUAAUCUCAUGACUCAUCAUCUCAUAUCAUGUGUAUAUUUGCUUUGCA